AUGGAACACAGUAAUAAAGAGUCACGUUUAACAGCCAAGGUCAUUUAUGGAGACGCCAAAGGAAAGAGACACAUCACAGAAAGAGAGAAUGCAGGAUAUAAGGGUAUGAUAAAGGCUAAGUGUUCCAAUGUGGACAAAAGCAGUAUUAAUGAGACAAUAGAAAUCAGUGUCGGUAAGACAAUAGAAAGCAGUAUUAGUGAGACAAUAGAAAGCAGUAUUAGUGAGACAAUAGAAAGCAGUAUUAGUGAGACAAUAGAAAGCAGUAUUAGUGAGACAAUAGAAAGCAGUAUUAGUGAGACAAUAGGAAGCAGUAUUAGUGAGACAAUAGAAAGCAGUAUUAGUGAGACAAUAGGAAGCAAUAUUGGUGAGACAAUAGGGAACAGUAUUGUUGAGGUGAUAGGAAGCAAUAUUGGUGAGACAAUAACAAUAGAAAGUAGUAGUGAUAAGACAAUAGGAAGCAGUGUUGGUGAGACAAUAGGAAGCAGUGUUGGUGAGACAAUAGGAAGCAGUGUUGGUGAGACAAUAGAAAGUAGUAGUGAUAAGACAAUAGGAAGCAAUGUUGUUGAGACAAUAGGAAGCAGUAUUGGUGAGACAAUAGGAAGCUGUAUUGGUGAGACAAUAGGAAGCAGUGUUGGUGAGACAAUAGGAAAUAGAAGUGAUAAGACAAUAGAAAGUAGUAGUGAUAAGACAAUAGGAAGCAGUGGUAGUGAGACAAUAGGAAGCAGUGAUGGUGAGACAAUAGGAAGCAGUGGUAGUGAGACAAUAGGGAGCAAUGUUGGUGAGACAAUAGGAAGCAGUUUUGGUGAGACAAUAGAAAGUAGUAGUGAUAAGACAAUAGAAAGUAGUAGUGAUCAGACAAUAGAAAGUAGUAGUGAUAAGACAAUAGAAAGUAGAAGUGAUAAGACAAUAGAAAGUAGUAGUGAUAAGACAAUAGAAAGUAGUAAUGAUAAGACAAUAGGAAGCAAUGUUGUUGAGACAAUAGGAAGCAAUAUUGGUGAGAGCAUAGAAAGCAGGGCCCAUCAAAACACAGUUAUCCCACAGUAA